UCGAGGAAAACAACGAAAGUGAAAUGAUGUUGGGGCCGUGAAAAUCUUACCAAGAAAAUUGAGAACCUGUCAAACCACGCCAUGGCGGCGCAUCGAAGGUUCAAUAUCCCUCUGCAUUCCAACGAUGCAUUGAAAACUAUGAACGAUUUGCGAAGAAAAGGUGAAUUAUGUGACGUGGUUCUCCAUGUCGAUGGUCGCCAAUUUCCCGCGCACAGAAUUGUCCUUGCUGGAGCCAGUUCUUACUUACGAGCCAUGUUUACAAAUGGUAUGUUGGAAAGUGGCAUGAAAGACAUUAAACUACAAGGCGUUGAAGCGAGUGUCAUGGACGGAUUACUCGAUUUUGCAUAUACUGGAGCCAUCGAUGUCACUGUGGAGAACGUGCAAGCACUUUUAUCGGCUGCUUCGUUGUUAAACCUGCAGAGCUUAAGAACAGUUUGUUGUGGUUUUCUUCAGACACACCUAGAUGCUACGAACUGUCUCGGUAUCCGAGCAUUUGCAGAUCUGUAUUCGUGUUCAGAACUCGAAGAAGCUGCCUAUCGUUUCGUACGCCAACACUUCUUGGAUGUAGCGAAGGGUGAGGAAUUCUUACAAAUGCCAAAACAAGCCUUGAGGAGUCUUCUUCGCGAAGACCUUCUUCAGGUACGUUCUGAGAACCAAGUGUUCGAAGCUGUGGAGGCGUGGAUUUUAAACGAUUUCUGUCGACGAAAGGAUUAUGCGGUUGAGCUUCUAAGUCACGUUAGGCUUCCUUUGUUAACUCUCGAAUUUCUCGAAGCCCGAGUGUUUCCAUCUAAAAUUAUCAAGAACAAUGCUGAUUGUCAGCUCCUAUUGGCUAAAGUUCUUAACGAGAGCGCUCGUAAUUUGCCUCGGUAUAUGACACUGCCUCGAGCUCAGCCGCAAGCUGUCUAUGUCAUAGGCGGACGAAAUGGUAUUGAUUGCCAGCUUUCAAGUUUAGAGAGAUACGAUACAUUAACAAACCAAUGGAUUAUGCUGCAAAACAUGAAAUAUCCCAGAACAGCAGUUGGAGCUUGUAGCCUCAAUGGACUUCUUUAUGUAGUAGGUGGCGAGUGUGCAGUUAGUGCUCCUCAUGAUGACACCAUGUACGUGCGACAUGCUGAGUGCUAUGAUCCAGCAGUCAAUCAGUGGAUUUCGCUGGCUGAUAUUGCCAUUCAGAGGUCAUUUAUUGCAGUGACAGCUUUAAAUGGUUACGUUUAUGCCCUGGGAGGUGAAGACAGAACAUGCAGUUAUAACUAUGUUGAAAGAUAUGACCCAAAGACGGAUCACUGGAGUACAGUGCAGUGUAUGCGAAGGAAGAGAUCUGGAGCAGGAGUUGCUGUUUGUGAUGGGAAGCUGUACAUUGCUGGAGGCUACGAUCGAGGUGUUCACAGUGACAGAGCAAGUGUUGAAUGCUAUGACCCUGAUACAGACACAUGGACAUUUGUAACAGAACUUGAAAAAGCACGCUCUGGCAUGUCCCUUGUUGCUCUAAACAACUUCUUGUAUGCACUUGGAGGUCGAAACAGAAGCACAGAUCAUUACUUUGAUCUUGCAGAAAGAUACAACACACAGACACAUCAGUGGCAGCCGGUUGCGCCGUUGAACACACCAAGGGCUUGGCCAUCGGUGGCAGUGUAUGACAACAAGAUUUUUGUGUUAGGUGGAUUUGAUGGUGCACACAGGCUCUCCAGUGUUGAAGUGUACGAUCCAGAAACUGAUACUUGGCGUUUUGUACAGGACAUGAACAUUUGCCGUGCAGGUUGUGGUGCAGCAGUGUUGUAGUUUUAAAGUGAAACAGGACAAAGAAGGUCCUGGUUUUACAGAGGCCUGGAAAGAUCACUGUCUGGAUUUGAACCAGGAAAUUACUUUUACAAUGUUUUUACUCAAUUAAAAAUUUGAUAGCAAAAAUCAAAAGCAAAUAUCUAGGUCAUUUUGUGUUGAAAAGGAUUACUGGUGCACAAACUAGGUGUGAAGGAUUAGUAUUACACAAAAGGAAAAAUUUUAGAGUGUCUUUGAAUUCAGCUUUGUUUUGAUGUUAAUUGGCAGAAAGAAGCUGAGAACUGUCACUGUUAAACAUUGUACAUGCCCUAAGAAUCAUAGUAGGUGUGUUUGUGUCAGGAAGCGUGAUGCAGUUUUUAAAGGGACUUGAAAUAAGAACCACAAGCAUGAAAUUUGUUCCAAGAACUUUCAAUCAGUCUGUGAUUCUUAUGAUCACCAUGUUGCUUUGUAGCAGAUAACUAGCUGUGAUAAUUGCUGUACAAAUACCUGCUAUCUUUUGAACUAAAGUAACAAGGACAAAACAGUCUGCAAUAAACUUUCC